GCGAGUUGAAAUGUGCACAGAUAUUCGAACGUCGAACAGAGAGUGAUAUCGUCUCCUUGGACUUCACCACCGUACCCCGCACACGGUGAAAUCGCCUCCUUCAUCUUCACCACCGUACGCCGUACCCUUCUCCACCGUCGGGUGUCGAGUCAGCCCUGAACAUCAAGGUAUCUUCACCUUCGUUACGUGGGUUGUCUUAUGAAUUUUACCCCAAAUUUGUCGGCUUUAAAUAUUUGGGCUUCCUCCAAAACGGCAUAAUUUUCCCCAAAAUUGUGAAAACUGUAAGCUUUCAGUGAAGUCAGUUUCCUUCCAAACUGUCAGUGAAAGAACUUGUGAAAAAACUAAAAUUAAGUUUGAUCGAAAAACUAAUUUUCCUCACCUUUGUUCACAGACGCCACAGUCAACUCCACUAGCAGCAUUCGACUAGCCCGCAUCAGCCGUAAGUGAGGAUGAGACGGAAGAACGUGGGUGUUUGUCACGGUUGUCGAAGUACACAGCACUUCUUCAACGACUGUCCGGUAAAACGAGGAUGUCCAUGGUGCUCACUGGGAUGGGAGAAAUGCUUUGAAGUUGAAAGGAAGACAGAUAAUCGAGGACGAUUAUUCAAAACGUGCAGUAAUAAUUGUGGAUAUUUCUUUUGGGUCGAGAAUGAAGAAUUCUGUGGUGAAAGUAGUACAAGGACUGAAGCGGUCAUAGAUGAAGUGGGCGAAGAUUUGGCAGCCAUGUUCGAUAGUCUAGCUCAAAUAGCAGAAAAACGAGACGUCGAGAUAACGUUGAAUGUGACUUUCCGCAAGGCAAAGGGAAGUGCGGAAGUGAAUGGAAAGGGAAAGGGCCGAGCUUGAUAAGUAGCAGGAGAAUGUUAUGGCUUGUUUUUGUGUGUGUGUCGGCUGUAGAAUAAA